AUGCAAGGUGGAGUUGCCUCUGUAAUCAGAUUGAAAAAAUAAAAGCCAAGUGAUGAUGUGAGGAAUCUAUUCGAUAGAAAAACAUAUCACAAAGAGGAUGAUGAUGAAGAGAAGAAUGGAUCUCAUUCUCCAAGAAUAAAUUCCAAUAAGAACUUAUUUGCGUCAACUACAGCUGAUUAUGGUAAAGAUCUCUACGAAGAUGAUGAUGACUACAAAAAUGCUAAAGCUAGCAAGAUGAGAAUAGUGCAUGAUGAUGAGAAUGUGUAGGCAGCAAUUGAAUUAAGAAAUUAGAAGCAGAAGCACACUGACUUUUUCUUCAAACUGGCUGAGUUAAAGGAAAGAAUAGAGGUUUAUAAUGAAGUAUUCAGAAGCAAAAAGCCCAGAUAUCUUCAUAAUGAGUCAAGAGCAUUAAAGCUAGAAGAACAGGCUAAGGCUUAGAGAGACAAUCUAGGUUCCAGAAGUUAAACUCCAGGUGGAGAUCAUAAAAAAGGAAAAUUUAGAUCAAACCACAAAGAUCCGAAAAAUAAAAAGCAUGGCCAACAUAACGCACAUGAAUUAAGAUCUCCUUCAAAAAUGGAAACAGAUACUCAAAAACACACCAAUAAUCAUGAUGAAAAUGAAAAUCAAAUCAAUGAAGUUGGUGAGGAUGAAGAGCAGAACAGCCCAAGGGUAGCUGAAAUAUAAGAUAUUAAUGAUGCUAUUGAAUCAAUGAGUAACGGUGGACAUAGCAGGCAACUUAAUAGUGCUAGUGUUCCACCAAUAAUGACUAAAUCUCAUAACUCCCUUCCAGCUGAUGACAGCAAAAUGAAGUCACAACUCCCUAAGAUAGCCUAAACAGAAAAGAGGAUUAAUACCUAGUAUAAGCAGAGUAUUGAAAAGGCUAUUGAGAAUCAGAAAAAGCAAGACUAAUAAACAUCCCACCGUCUUAAUGCUAUCGAAAAAAAGAUGCCUCCUUUAAUGCCAACUCAAAACUAAAAAUCAAUUAAGUUUAGCACUCUAUAUCACAACAAUCCAAAUUCUUAAAGUCUAACUAGAACUAACGAGGGAGGCUAAUAGUAGAAUACAUUUAAUAGAUUGAUGAAUAAAUCUUAAAGUGUGCAUCAAAAUUUGAUUCUUAAGACUUAAAACAGUGCUCAUAACCUCAACACUUUGCAAAGUAUUGAUAAAAGCGGAGAUUAAAAACAAUAACUGACUAAAGAAGGAAAGACUUUGCUAUAAUCUAACUCAUAUGCUGAUUUUAAAUCUAUAUUUAAAAAGGAGGGUGCUGCAAAAAUCCUAAGUUCAGGACUCCCUAUUUAAUCAGCAAAAAAUACCUCCAAGGACAGAAGUUUACUCAUGAAAUCUAUUUAUGAGACUAAUCUUUUUAAGGAGUAAUUCCAGACACUUUAAAACCAUCAUACUACCAAGAGAGGAAGUGUAAACGGACCUUUCGGGAAAUAACUAAAAGAGACUCAUUAAAAGAGAAAGAAGGCCAAAAGUCCAUCACCGAUCCUUGAUUAAUAAGAUAACGAAGAAAAUACGAAUGAUUUAAAUUAAGAUCAGCAAUAAGUAAAUCAGCAUCAGGCAAAAAUAAAAAAUCAGAGCCCCAAGAUGAAAAAGCUCCCACCUGUAUCCUCUUAGAGUAAACUGACUUUCAAUGGCCUCGCCCUGGCUACAUCUUAGUCUCAGCCAUAUUUCUUGUACAAUCAGAACACGCAAAACAUGAUUUACCAGGCUUAGUCGAACCUCACUUCAAACUAAAAUGCAUUCGGUAAAAUGAAAAAAUCAAAGAGCAAGAAGAGAGGUUAAAGAAAGAGCACUUAACUUGUGUCGAGCGAUAAUCUGUCAGCUGAUAAGCAUUAAACCGCUCAAGGAUUUCAUGAUGAUGGAGAAGCAUAGCCUUAGAAUGAACAGAAUCUAGACUGA